CGGAUGGCGCUGAAGAACGCGGAGAAGGAGCUGGAGUCCCACUGCAGCUGGGCAGCGCCCGAGGCCCUGCAGAAGUGGCUCCAGCUCACCCACGAAGUGGAGGUCCAGUACUACAACAUCAAGAAGCAGAACGCGGAGAAGCAGCUGCUGGUGGCCAAGGAAGGGGCUGAAAAAAUUAAAAAGAAGCGAAACACCUUGUUUGGGACGUUUCACGUUGCUCACAGCUCAUCGCUGGAUGACGUCGAUCAUAAAAUCCUAACUGCAAAGCAAGCGCUGAGCGAAGUGACGGCCGCGCUGCGGGAGCGCCUGCACCGCUGGCAGCAGAUCACAGAUGGAUCUGCUCUGCGGCUUCCAGAUCGUCAACAACCCCGGCAUCCACACGCUGGCAUCGGCCCUCAACAUCGACCCGGGCUGGAUGGGCACCCCGCGCCCCAACCCCUCGCACUUCAUCAUGACCGAUGA